GCAGACAGUCGACGCGAGGCUCCUCAAAGUUUACAUCGAGUUACUUACGAUGCGUGUGUGUGUGGUCGCAGUGAGCGCGGCCGCGGCGUUGCUGGCUCUGCUGGCGUCGCCGGCAAUCGCGCUGGACGGCCCGCAAGAUGCCGCGAUGGACGUCGCGCAGGACGCCGCACUGGAUGCCGCGUUGGACGCCGCUCUGGACCGCAAGGACGAGGCGGCUCUCGCACAGAUGGAUGCUGACUUGGAAUUAACGGACGAAGAAAAACGAGCGUGGUCCAGCUUACACGGUGGUGGCGGGUGGGGGAAGAGAGGUUGGCAGGACAUGAGCUCCGUGUGGGGAAAGCGAGCGUGGCAGGACCUCAAUACCGCUUGGGGCAAGCGCGGUUGGCAGGACCUCAACUCGGCGUGGGGCAAACGGGGUUGGCAGGACUUGAACUCGGCCUGGGGAAAGAGGGGCUGGCAAGAUUUAAACUCGGCGUGGGGCAAGCGAGGAUGGCAGGAUCUCAACUCGGCGUGGGGCAAACGCGCGUUGAACGACAUGAACCAGGCUCCCUGGGAAAAGAGGGGAUGGCAAGACAUGAGCUCGGCAUGGGGCAAGCGUAGUUGGCAAGACAUGAGCUCGGCAUGGGGCAAGCGCGGUUGGCACGACAUGAGUUCCGCCUGGGGCAAAAGAUCACCAACUUCGAAAUGGGCAAACUUCCACGGCUCGUGGGGCAAGAGGACAGUGACGGAACCUGAAAUUGAAGAUUACGAAAUGGCAGUCGAAUCUGUAGUUCCCAUCCGACAAGUUGAGGAGGCGGCUGACAAGGACAUCUUGGAGCAUCCGGAGAAGAAGGCGUGGUCCGCUUUGCACGGUGCCUGGGGCAAGCGGCCCGCCAAGCAGCCCUACGCUAGCGGAUCAUAUUACUGGAAGCGGGAGCCGGGCUGGACGAACUUGCGCGGCAUGUGGGGCAAGCGCGCGGACUGGCUCCCCGAAAUACACGUCAUUACUAUGGAUGAGCACGAAGGAAACGGGCGAGGUGUUGCGCACGGGCAGGCCGGCCGGGGAGGACAGGGCGAGGCGGCCUAAGCUAUACCCGCGCGAUCCUACCCACGUCGACGUCACCUGAACAACUGAAAAUACCGCUCUGCUGUUUGUCCGUCUCUGUAUCUACAGUUAAUUAUCUAGCGUGGAACUAUAACGAUGUGCAGCGGAUAAGAAUGGCGGCACAAGUUCCUAUUUGAGUUUCUCUCCUGUUCUUUGUUUAUUAAUCCUUAUAAAUUAAUUUGUUACUAAAAUCUACGUACAAAUGUAGCUCCUGUCACCUUCUAGGGUUAAAUUGUAAUUAGUGUUAAGUGAUUCGCCCGCGAUGUAGCGCGCAUAGCGCAGGGCGUGUGUAUCUCUAUCCUGUACUCGUACAUGUCAUAAAGUCAUAGUUAGUGCAACUAAUUCUUAGUGUUAUUAAGUAAUUGUAUUUAAUUAGUGGAGUUUAUGUAUAUUGAACGGCUUCCUAAGACGUUUAAUUUACUCUAAUAAAAGAUUAUUCG